AUGAAGGUCUGGCAUGGUUUAGUGAUUGCACUGGUGUCCCUCAUCCUUCAGGCAAGCCUCUUUGCAACUAUUGAUUACCUGAUCAAUAGGCACAUGGCCCGUGUAAGUGGACGAAUAUCGAAAGCAGCCACAGUGCCGACCCCUGAGCCCAGCCCAGCCCAGCAUCACCCCCCUGCAAUCAAGGAGAUCAAGGGUAUUCCAACAGAGAGAAGCACUCCUGCUCCUGAUCUCCGUUACAGGCAUGGCAGUGAUACAUCCUCAGACAGCUCCGACAGCUCUGACAGCUCCCCUUCCAGAUACAAGGGCCCCAGCGAAGUAAAUUACACACAAGUAGUCUUUGCAACCUCUGGAGGACUGAAAAGUGAAUCUACCCUGGACUAUGAGAAUGUAAAGGAAACCACAGAGUAUGUCAAUGUCAAUCCAAAAAGCCACAAGACCAACUUCUGGACUUUUGCAAACCAUGCUGCCUCUGAACCGGUGGAAUAUACUCAAGUGUGA